UCCCGCUCCAUCCCGGACCUUUCCCUCCCUCUGUUGGUCGCCUGCCAUCCCUCCUACAUCAGCUGGCGGCGUCCUGAGCGCUGCCAAGCCGCAAACUCUCCUCCUUUGCAACCCCGUGUCCUGAUUUUACUUCCAUUUCCUCCCGACUCUGCUGAAGCGGCUUGCUCUUUCCUGCCAUGGUGGCCACCCGAUGGGGAAUCUGUUCGGCCGGGAAGAUCGCCCACGAUUUCCUAGCCGCCCUCAAGACUUUGCCGCCAGAAGACCACCAGGUGGUGGCCAUUGCUUCUCGUGAUCUCAGCCGAGCUGAGGAAUACGCCAAAACCCAUGGCAUCCCCAAGGCCUAUGGGUCUUAUGCGGAACUUGCCGAGGAUCCAGAUGUGGCUAUUGGAGAUGUCAUGGUGCUCCAUGCCGAAUUUGGGAGCCCACAGCUCUCCAUCCCCAGAUGUGUGGAGAAAGAGCUUGGGGGAGGUGGCCUUUUGGAUAUCGGGUGCUACUGCAUCCAGUUUGCCUGUAUGGUCUUCAAUGGAGAGAAACCAGAAUCCAUUCUGGCAUCAGGAUUUCUGCACAAUACAGGGGUAGACAAAACAGUUUCCAUCAUCCUGAAUUAUUCGCGUCACCGUCAGGCUGUUCUCACCUGCACCAUGACAGCUAAGAUGCCCAAUCGAGCGAGUAUUAAUGGCACUAAGGGCAUGAUUGAGAUUCCUUCAACUUUCUGGUGCCCAACUGAGCUGGUGGUCAACGGACAAAGAGAGUCCUUCCCCCUGCCUCCAUCACCGAUGCCAGUGCACUUCUCCAACAGCAUUGGUCUUCGUUACGAAGCAGAACAUGUCCGCCAGUGUCUCCUCCAAGGCUUGAAGGAAAGCCCAGUUCUGACUCACGCAGACAGUGCACUGAUCAACUCUAUCCUAGAUGAAAUUCGCCGGCAAGUAGGGGUAUUGUAUGCUCAAGAUGACAUGGAACACAUUCCCAAUUCUUUCGUCUGAAAUCUCAGGUUCCCUACAUCGCUUGCUUAGCUAAAAAGUCCGCACAGAUUUACCCAGUUUCUGCAGAAAGCCUUCGACUGUGUGAAUUGAGAAGAAGUGAAGGUGGGGAAGACAUUAGGGCACGUAAAAUUGUCAAUAAACUGUUUUCCAAAUCCUA